AUGAAUACUAAUAAAACUGAUCAGUUUACUUCUGUUAUGAAUAUAUCUGAUGUUUUCAACUCAUCUUCAGACGAUGAAGAAAAUGACAACGAUAAUCUCAACAAUAUACACAAUAAUAAUAAAAUUACAAUAUCAACUGACACUUACAAAAAAAAUAGCAACUAUACAAAUGAAAAUAUUACAGAUGAUCAACUUUCAACAAAAUCAACUUUACCUAAAUUGGAUCAAAAUCUUAUGCCUUGGAGAGACAAAGAACAGGAUAAAAAAAUAUCACACAAUGAGCAUCCUAUGUAUAUUCAACAUCCUAUUCCACCAGAUAGCUCCAGUAGUGGUAAAACUGUCAUAGGAUCCUCUGGCAACAACAAUAAUAAUAAAAAUAAUAUUGAUAGUAUUAGUAAUAAUAAUUAUAAUGGAAUUGCUAAAAUCGCAGCGAUAAAACCAGAUGAUAAUAACAAAAAGGAAUUCUCUGUAUCAAACGUUAUUGAAAUUCAACAUCUACAAAAAGAAAUAACAAAGUAUCAAAUCAAAGUAAAAAUAUUAACAGAUGCAUUGAAAGCGGAUAAAGAAGAGAUUUUGGCAAUAUUGGACAAAUCAACAGAAUAUGAAACAAAAAUCAACCAUUUGAAAACAAGCUUAAAUGAUCAAGAACAUAAAUAUCAAGAAUUGGAAAACGAGUAUCACACGGUUUUGCAAGAAGAAGUAGAGCCAGUAAUACAAAUAAUAAAUAUUUAUGAAAAACGCCUAAGUGAUUUAUUAAACAUAACUCGAGGUUUAAUGGGAACUAUGAAUAAUCCUAAUCAUGAAGAUAAUAUUAACAGCUCCAGUUUUAAAUCGAUUAAAGAAAUAAAUCAAUGUUUUGAUCUCAUCCAAAAUUUUUUAUAUAACAUGCAUGAUGAUUUAGAGUUUAAAAAUAAUAUGGAAGAAGAUGUCGAAUCUAUACAUUCACAAUAUCAUGAUUUUUUUUCAUAUUUAUUAAACAAAUUAGAAGCUUCGCAAGUUUUGGAAAUAGAAUUGACUGAAAAAUUUCAGCAACAAGACGAACUACUGCACACCUUAAAAGCUUAUCGUUUUAAUGAAUUAGAUAAUUAUAAUAAGGUAAAUACUGAUAACAAGAACAUGAUCAAUAAUCACGAUGAAACAUUUAUAGACCUGAUUAAGGAACAGAUACCGAUAAAAAACGAAAAAAUCAACUAUUUAGAAAAGCUGUUAAGUAUUCAGCAACUUAAAUACGAUGAAUUAAGUAAAAUAAAUCGAAAAUUCAUUUCAAAGAUAUUAAAAUUGUUUGCAAAGAUAUUUGAACCACAAUCAAUAAGUCAGGCUGAAAAAAAGCUUUUUAAAAUAUCUAGUAAUGAUACUAAUAUAGAGCUUUUGAAGUUAUAUAAAUUUAUUGAAUCCGGUGUAGAAUCCCUGGUAAAAGAAAGGGAACAUGAACAAAAAAGAUUAUCAACAGCAACCUCACUUGACGAAAAAAAGACCAAAAAUCUCCUUGCUGAAGAAUCUUUUGAAGAAAUAGAAGAAUACCCAGUAUGUUCACAAUCUACAGAAAACUUUUAUAGAUUACAAAUACGAGAGUUAAAUAAAAAAUGGCUUAUCGAAAGGGAACGUAGAAAAUUAGACUAUAGAGGCUUUCAAACGAAAAUUAAUGAAUUGAACUCACUGAAUGAGUCCCUAAUAGAUAAGCUAUCAAACUUAUCCUUGUAA